UAUUAAGUUAAAAGGAAUUAAAGAAUACCUUGGUACACCUUCAAUGUCGCACACAGAAACCUUACAAAGGUACAACAAGAAUAUAACACGAAAAUCCGAAGAAGUAUACUUCGAUUUCUUCGUGAAUAUCUUGAGAAUCGUAAGGAUAAAACUCUUAUGUGACAUUAUCAUACAAAUUUUCAACAAUUUAUAAAGAAGAACACGUGAUAAUAACGAGUAUAAAGGAAAAAAGAAAAUAUAUCCAUUUUUUUUUUUUAUUUAUAAGAACUAUUAAAAAUUAAAACGUCGAAUUAAAUUACUUGAUAUUAUUAAUUUUCUUUUAGCAUAUGUUAUAUUUUAUUGAUGUUUGCGUUUAAUAUGGUUUCAUCAUUUAAGAAGCUUAUAGUAAUGUUCUAUAAUAUAUUUUCAAUGUUAAAUAUCUAAGACUUUAAUUUUAAUUAAUGACUAUAACAAUAUUAAUGAUUAAUUCAAUAAAAUUAAAAUCUAAUCUAAUAUUUUUAGAAUGAAAAUUAAUUAAAAUUUACAAAUGAUUUUCUAAUGUUCUACAAGUCUUUUUCAUUUUAAAUUUGACUAUAUAUUGCGCGCUAUAGAAAAGAUCGAUAAAUCGAUCUUAAUCGUUACUUGAUUUCAUGAUACGAAAAACGAUUUAAAUUGUAAACGGUAUUUACGAUCAGUGGCCACAAUAAAUCCGAUUGUUGAAAGUUGAAAAAAGCGUAUUAACGUUUGCAAUAAUAUUUAAUAGAGUUUACAUUGGAAAAAAGUAUUAAUUCAACAAAUAAUAUUAGAAGAUAAUGGAUGAUAUUAUGAAAGAAAAUGUUGCCGAUUUAGAAAUCGAGGAAGAGGAAGUAUUAACAGCAGAAAAUGCACUUGAAGCAAUUGAAAAUGCAUGGCUUAAUGAAAAAUUUUCACCAGAAAUUCUACCACAUAAAUUUGAUCUUGUCGAUUGUAUGUUGCAACAGAUAAGUCAUAUGGAAGAAAACAUGAAGAGGUUAGAAAGAGAUGAUUUACGCUUAGUGGUCCAUAGAAUGGAACUCGAUAGAAUACGAUUUCUUAUUUCUAGUUAUCUCAGAAUACGUUUAGAGAAAAUAGAGAGAUAUACUAUUCAUAUAUUGUCAGAGGAAGCUAGUAGAGAACCAGAUGAAGCUUAUUUAACACCAGAAGAACUUCGAUUUGCUAAGGAUUAUUUAGGCAGCGUUGAAAAUCUUUUCAAAACAGUGGCCUUACAACAUAUGCCUACCAGCUUUCAAGGAUUUGAAAUAGAUAAAAUUAGUACCAAACCGAAUAUGCAAACUCAUGUUUUUUUAAGAGCUAACGAAAGAAUAACUGGUAUUGUUUUACCCGUGUUAGAUGAGGAAAUAGAUUUGACUGGCUCACAACAUAUUAUACAGUAUAAUGCUAUUGCUAAUCUAGUAAAAAGUGGUGCAGUGCAGUUAAUAUGAUUAAAUGACAAUUAAUUAAUUAAUGGAUGUUCGAGAGAAAUAUCAUACAAAUUUAUUUUGAACGAUCGACGUUCGCUGUGGCUUCAUCAGAAUUAAAAUUUUAUUAUUUUCUAUUAUAGCACGUGCAAGACAAAGCAAUUGCCUUGUCCUGCACUAAGAUUGCUACCACUUUCACUUAUUUGAUGAUCUAAAGAAGUAAAUGCACUUUUUAUUCUACUUCCUCCAUUGUAGCCCAUAAAGUAGCAUCAUCAUGUUUAUGAAAGGGAUCAAGAUUAUCUCGCAAUGAUGCAGAGAAAAGGACUGGAUCUUGAGGGAUUAUUGAAAUCUAUUUCGAAGAUCAUGUAGACCAAUCUUCUUAAUAUUAAUUCCGUCUAUGUAAAUUAUACCAUUGAAUCAGACAAACGGAAUAAGGCUGAAAUUAUGAAGAUUUACCAGCACCAGUACGUCCAACUAUUCCAUCUGAAAGAAAAAAUAUGAGUAAAAUUUACUUUACAAAAUACAUAUUUAUCAAUAAAAGCGUAUAAUGUACCUUCAUUGCAGUUGUAUAAUAAAAUUUAAAUCUUUUAAAACUGGUGGAUCAGAAUCAGAAUAUUGCAAAUACACAUGAUCAAAUUUAAUUUCGCCUUUAGUGGGCCAUUCAAGUGAUGGUUUAUUACUUGGAUCACUUGUAAAUGGACCUUCUUCAUCGAGCUUUGUAAAUUGUAAUACUCUCUCUACACUAGUCAUUUGUGCUAUUGCUUCUGCAGUUUGACGCAUACCAUUUGUAACAUUCCACAUAAAAUGAGAACCUGUGAAAUAGCUAAACCCACAUUUCCAGCAAAAGUAUUCUCUGAAAUAUUGACAUAAAUGAUAAUGUAUAGAAAACCAUUAAAUUAAUAUAAAUGGAUGCAUAAACAUUAUUCUAAUUGUGUCUAUUCUAAUAGAUAUUUACCAUUGUGAAAAAAUAAUAAAACUAUAUGUAACAAAAGUCACAAACAAACAGAAACUGUAUCAAGUGCAAAACCAAAAGCAGUGGCAGUUAAAAUUGACAAAGAGUAUGCGCCAGUGUGUAAGUCUUGAUGAGAAUCGAAUUCUUUGGAAAGCAUAAGUUGUGCAUUAGAUGAACGAAUUGUGCUUAAUCCUAUUAAAGAUGAAUUGACAUGAGAGAAGACUGGACUUUUAGCUGAAAAAAAUGACAGUAGAUAUUAUUUAACAAUCGAUUUUAUCGUAUUUUAAAAAUUUAAGAAUUGAUUUCUUACUGGUCCCUUCCAAACGUUUCAAAUUUUGUGCAGUAGUUAUAUAAACUUUUCUAUUUCCCAAUAUAGAAAACCCAUGAUUAAUACAGGAACAAUAGUCCACCAAUUAUUAUUAUAACUUGAAUUAGAAUUCCUGACAUUACUGCAAAAAUCUGAAUUGAUUCUAUCAUAGUUCUUGGCAAGAUUUCAUCAACAGCACCAAUAUCUUUCGAAAAACGAUUGAGAUACGACCUGUGACAUAAAUAUAUUUCGCCGUGGCAUUUAUUUAUUUUUUUAUUUAUCAAGUAAAUCACACGAUAAUGCUUACCAAACGGAUUUGUAUUAAAAAAUUGCAUAGGCGCUUUAAGUAAACAUGAGAACAUCAAAUUAUGUAAAUUUUUACUUGAUGUCAUGCAUGUUUUAAAAAAUAGAAGAUUUCUAGUUAUAGUCAUAACUAUGCUUACGGUGAUAAAACCUCCAUAAACCAUAGAGCAGUAUAUGUAUCAAGGCCGGAUGAUUCGGUAGAUACUACAUUCACGUUUGUCUAAAUGUAAUAAUAUUUUUACAUGAAGUAAAGUAUUGAAUUUUCAGGAAAAAUUAAAAAUCAUAUUACCAACCAUAUUCUCAGCUAUUAUAUUCUGAAAUUAUUGAAGAAUCAUUGAAGACUAUAUGUUUAAUAUUAUCAAUUGUAUUAUUUCUGAUUGUGGAGUCUGUAGAUUUCCAUUUUCAUCUGUUAAUGCAGAUGUGUUAAAAUUAUAUUGCGAAUGUAUAAAAUCA